UUCCUAGCGCACGCGCGCACGGAGGGGGCGACGACUGCGGUGACGUUACUGCGGCGGGCAGGCGGCAGCGCGUGUGGCGCGUAAUUUCCCCGUGUCUUGGGAGCAGUGCCUGGGCCCCCGCUGCCCACGCCGCCGCAAUGUCGGGCCGGUCCGUCCGGGCCGAGACCCGCAGCCGGGCCAAGGACGACAUCAAGAAGGUGAUGGCGGCCAUCGAGAAAGUGCGGAAAUGGGAGAAAAAGUGGGUGACUGUGGGUGACACAUCCCUUAGGAUAUUUAAGUGGGUUCCUGUGACAGACAGCAAGGAGGUAAGUGUGGAAGAAAAUCAAAACGACAAAAAGAAAGAAAAGUCCAAGUCGAACAGUUCAGCAGCCCGGGAACCUAAUGGCUUUCCCUCUGAUACCUCAGCCAAUUCCUCUCUCCUUCUUGAAUUCCAGGAUGAAAACAGCAACCAGAGCUCUGUGUCUGAUGUCUAUCAACUCAAGGUGGACAGCAGCACCAACUCGAGCCCCAGCCCCCAGCAGAGCGAGUCCCUGAGCCCAGCACACACCUCUGACUUCCGCACAGAUGACUCCCAGCCUCCUACGCUAGGCCAGGAGAUCCUCGAGGAGCCCUCUCUGCCUGCCUCGGAAGUUGCUGAUGAACCUCCCACCCUCACAAAGGAAGAACCAGUUCCACUAGAGACACAGAUUGCCGAGGAAGAGGAAGACUCAGGUGCCCCACCCCUGAAACGCUUCUGUGUGGACCAAGCCACAGUGCCGCAGACAGCAUCAGAGAGCUAGCAGCAUCCUCACACCCUUUGCCUCCUGGCCCCCUGCCUCUAUUUAUUGCAUUCUGGUUCUGGCCGUACUGUGUUGCUGGGGUAAGGGCAAGCACUGGGGUCCAGAGCCCGCACAUAGGAGCCUUCUGGGUUGGAAGGCUGACAUAGGACUUGGAGUUGCAGCAUCAUCUUCCUGUCCCUGGCACCUGUGUUUGCUUGCUCCUGGGAAGAGAAGUGCUCAUGUCCUUUUCGCGUCCCAAUUA